GUAUUUUUGAAUAGUCUACCUCCGGUCACACUGGCAGCCAACAAAACAAACUGCAAACUAAAAUAAUAGAAAAACACUUUCCUCCCCUCGAGUUUUAGACUUUUUUGGCUACACCCAUCGGAAACCUUAUUUAAGCUGCAAUGCAGAAGUACGACAAGAUGGAGAAGAUAGGCGAGGGCACCUACGGCACGGUGUUCAAGGGCCGUAACCGGGACACCAUGGAGAUUGUAGCUCUGAAGCGGGUGCGCCUUGACGAGGAUGACGAGGGAGUACCUAGCUCCGCGCUUCGGGAGAUCUGCUUGCUGAAGGAGCUAAAGCACAAGAAUAUCGUGCGCCUGAUAGACGUCCUGCACUCGGACAAGAAGCUAACCCUGGUCUUUGAGCACUGCGACCAGGAUCUAAAGAAGUACUUUGACAGUCUGAACGGGGAGAUUGACAUGGCCGUCUGCCGGAGCUUCAUGCUCCAGCUGCUCCGCGGAUUGUCCUUUUGCCACAGCCACAAUGUCCUCCAUCGCGACCUGAAGCCACAGAACCUGCUGAUCAACAAGAACGGAGAACUAAAGCUAGCUGACUUUGGUUUGGCCCGUGCCUUUGGCAUUCCCGUCAAGUGCUAUUCCGCAGAGGUGGUGACUCUGUGGUACCGACCACCCGAUGUCCUGUUCGGGGCCAAGCUAUACACCACCAGCAUCGAUAUGUGGUCGGCUGGAUGCAUUCUGGCUGAGCUGGCGGACGCCGGACGACCGCUGUUUCCCGGCUCCGAUGUCCUUGACCAACUGAUGAAGAUAUUCCGAGUGCUGGGCACGCCCAACGAGGACUCCUGGCCCGGUGUCUCGCACCUCUCCGACUACGUAGCGCUUCCAUCCUUCCCGGCCAUCACGUCGUGGAGCCAGUUGGUGCCUAGGCUAAACUCCAAGGGGCGUGACCUGCUCCAAAAGCUGCUCGUCUGCCGGCCAAAUCAAAGAAUCAGUGCCGAGGCAGCCAUGCAGCAUCCAUUUUUCACGGAAAGCGCCUCUUCGGGUCACUGAGAUGGAAUUUUGGAUGGGGUUCCGCCUAUCCCCGAGCGACUGUUUUCAUGUACUUUGAUUAGAAUUAAGGAGAAUUCCCAAGAACUAAGUUUGCUAAGUCUAAUGUCCCCGUGUCUCUGUCUUAUGUCCAUGCAGUAGAUUGGGUAAUAAUUUCUACAUUAUUGUCAUUUGUUUUCAAUUAAAUUUUAAAAGUGAUUCAAGUCUAGGUGCCACACAUUAGUUAAACUUGGAAAAAAGAAGAAAACAUAAGGAAAAUCAACCUUUUUUGCUAAAAGUAUCGUAGAACUAGAGUUCUGGGAUGCACUGAAAGCCUUUGUUUAAGAUCUUGGAAGGUUAUGAGGCAUUCAACAAUGCCAAAUUCACUUAAAAGUUUCAUUUAAAACAGAAAAAAAAAACUAUUUUAAAAGUAUUGUUUUAAGCCCUUUUGUUGAUUUUUAAUUAUUGUUAUAUUUUUGUAUUGUUCAAUAUUAUUUUGCAAAUUUAUUUCUAAUUAAAUAUAUUUAAAGUAAAGCCUGGUUUUCUACUCUGACUCAUAACGAGAUAAGAAAUUCACUCAUUUAAUUUCUUGGAAUUGCUUUUCAUUAUGAAAUUAAGCCAAUCUUUAUAAACUUAGUUGUGUAACUUAAGACCUUAAACUCGGAUUUUACCUAGACUUUGUGUACGUAAUAAAAUAAAAACCACA